AUGGUCCGAGGAGUGUGUUUGGGAUUUCUGGAUGUAACGCUGGCCUUCGUCCUGCUGUGUUCAGUCACAGGCUUGCUGCUGAUGGAGCACCGCAGAGAUGCAGAGGAUGACCAGGAGCUCGACAAAGCUAUUUUGGAAAUGCUACAUAUCAAUAAAGUGUCUGCGAGCCAUCAGGCCAAACCACAUCCCUACAUGAGGAGGAUCUAUCAGCGUCUGGACUCACUGGAGGCUCAAGACUUUGGGAGAUCAGAUGGAACGCUGGUGCAGAGUUUUCGGAGUGUUGAUGGUCCACAUCACGCUUCUCCAGGAUGGAUCUGGUUCAAUGUCAGCAGCCUGAACCCCUCAAUGCUGGGUGCAGAGCUGGUUCUGUUCAGGAAAACCCUACACCCCCGCCCCCUCAGCGUGACUGUCACCCUGCACAGUGUCACUGCUUCACAAAGAGCUCUGAAGGAGAGUCCAGCCCUUGAGGAGAGACUACUGAGCCUGGACCAGAGACCCUCAACUGGAUAUGAUGUGUUUGAUGUGUCAGCUGUUCUGGCUGUGAAGCCUCUGGAGAUGGUGGGCUUUCAGCUGCGCUAUACAGACGAGAGUGGAAGUCUGGUCCUCCAUGAAGCCCUAACACAGAGCCUAUACUGUCUGAACAGAGGCUCUCUGAGUGAACCCUUACUGGUGCUUUACCAAGCACACCCUCUGCAGGUCUGA